AUGGUCGUCAGAGUGAGAAGUUCUAAACUUUCGGUGGUUAUUUUUAGUCUCCUUCUUGCUCUGUACGUGAGGAGUUCAUUUUCCCGUUCAGUCGUGGAACAGAGUAGAACUAGAAGGUCUCCCGAGGAAGACUUCGGAACGUGCAGCCGACAGUGUAACGUCACGAAUGUGAACAACAUCACCGUCCUGGCACCACAGGGCACGCCGGGGCAGAAGGGGCACCCGGGGGAAAGGGGUUCGCGUGGCAUGCCUGGACGGAGAGGUAUCCAGGGCCCCCCUGGGGUGCCUGGUGUCCCGGGACCUCGGGGGCUCAAGGGUGCCCCUGGGGUGGGGAUCCUUCCCACCAUGGUGGUGGGGUUCUCUGUGGCAAGGUCGUCUGGGAUGGACAAGAGUGAUGCAGACCAGCCUGUGGUGUAUGACAUUGUGCACACCAACAUUAAGAAAGCCUAUGACGUCAGGACGGGAAAGUUCGUGGCCCCCAUCGGUGGUCUCUACUUCUUCAGCUUCACUGCCAUGAAGGGCAACGACAGGUCGGGGUGUCUACUGUCCCUUAUGAGGGACACAUUCCAGGCGACUGGAGAACACAUUGUGUCUGUGUACAACGGGCCACGGGGCGACUACACCUCCACCUGCAACUCUGCCGUCCUCACGCUAGAACCCGGGGACGAGAUCUGGGUGCGCCUGGGAACGGGAUCGCAGCUCUUCAGCGACGAGAACAACUAUGUCACAUUCUCCGGGUUCCUCAUUCAGCCGAUGAUCAUGCCGAAGCCAUAG